AUGUCAAUCACAGUGCCGGAAAAUGGUUUGAGGCCAAAAACUACCGACAUGCCAAUCGUAGUGGAACCGUCAUUUCCUACGUUUACGCCACGUCCGCUAAAAGAGAAUUUGAAGAAACAGACAGCGAAUUUAAUCCUCGUCAAUACAUCACCCUAUAGACUUAUCUUUAAAAUUGUUCCAAAUACCAUAAAUAUCAAAUAUUCCAUUCGUCCAGAAAUUGAUUAUUUGGCACCUAAUGGUUGCCGUUUUGUCGAUAUUUCAAUAAAUGAGACACCGCGAUCAAAGAGGGAACAUGAUUUCACAUACAAAGUGUUAGUAUUAAACUCUACUGAAAGCUUCGGAUUAUCACCUGUACAAUUUUGGGAUCAAAAUCAACUAGAUCAUAACGAUCAUCAACUUCAAGAAGCACAAUUUGUAUGUUUGGAAUCAGAAACAGAAUCACCGCUUUCUUCCUCGCAUCGUAGCAUAUCACAUAGACGAAUUGAUAAUGAACCGAAAGUAUCAUUAGUUGAUGAACAUCAUAAACAAAUUCAACGACAUACAGCUUUAUUUGAUCAUUCUAGAACUUCAAAUGAUCCACAACCAAUUUCAUCAACAUAUCACAGGAAACAAUCAAUGCUGAAAAAUAUUUCACCUGAAAUUAUUCAAUAUCCUUGUAACUGUACAAAUUCUAAUCAUUACUUUUGGCAGGAAGCUGCUACACUACGUAGCUUUUUCUACGGAUUUGCACUUGCAUGCAUUUGUUCCGCUUUAUUAAUUUUCCGAAAAAAGCAAAUAAAUGGAUAA